AUGGCUGUUUCACCGAGGCUUGCCACCGCUGCGUUAAAUCGCACUUUUAUUAAUGCUCCUUGUACUGCGGUUGCCAUUAAAAAGUUAUUUGAAUCCUCCAAUAAAUUUCGCCAUGACUUUCAUGUUUCCCCUAACUCUUUGAUCGUUGGAGCCAAACGACGAUCUGACGCUGCCCCCUCAACUGGUAUUUCUCAGAGGCGCUUAUCUUCUUCAUCCACCGCUGUAGAUUCUAGUAAAUCAACUAUAGUCCCUGAUUUUUCUAAAUAUCGAAAGAAUUCUGAUGAAAAUACUUCUCGUGCAUUUACUUAUUUGAUGGUUGGAACUACUGGCGCUUUGACAGCUGUUGGUGCUAAAAAUUCCAUUACUGAUUUUCUCGUAAAUAUGAGUGCAUCUGCUGAUAUUUUAGCUUUGGCUAAAGUUGAAGUAGAUUUAACAAAGAUUCCUGAGGGUAAAAAUGUCGUUAUAAAAUGGCGUGGUAAACCUGUUUUUAUUAGGCAUAGAACUGCUAGCGAAAUUGCUGAUGCGAAUGCAGCUCAGUUAAGUGAACUUAGAGAUCCUCAGAGUGAUUCUGACAGGGGUCCUGCCCCACUUAAUCUUGAAAUUCCUGAAUAUGAUUUUGAUGGCGAAA